UAAGUUGAGAUUAAUAAUAAUAAAAAAAAAUAAAGAGAAAGAUUCAAGUGCCUACGUACUACUUCGGUUCAAGAGUUCAAGUGUGUUUCGUUUGCGAAGCGAUUAAGUGCGAUUCAUUCUUAAAUAAAAUCAAUUAUUUAUACAUAUACAUAUAUAUAUAUAUAUACAUAUAUAUACAUAUAUAAUUUAAUAUAUAACCAUGCAGUAUAGUCUACCUGGUUUAUUGGUAGCAUGCACGUAUUUAGCUUACCUACAAUCACACACUGUUCAAGCGCAAACCGGCUGCCGUAACCCGAAUCGCCGUAUAGGCCAAUGCAUAUCUAUAUACAAUUGUGAAAGUUUACUAGAGGUCGUGAAGGAGGUUAAUUUGAAUGCGUUGGAAUUGCAAUUUUUACAAGAAUCCCAAUGCGAACGUGGCUAUGGACGGCCACCACAUGUUUGCUGUACUUCGGAUAAGGGCUAUACGACAACACCGACUGUAACACAAAGAACAACAACCACGACAAGUAGACCGGUUACAAGAGUAACUACGCCUCGCACUUGGUUAAGCGCAAGUCCAUCGCCAAGUAACGGUCUUGGCAAUGUAUUACCUGUGCCACCAAAUUGCGGUCACGUAACACUUGGCGAUAAAAUUUAUAUGGGUAAUGAUACAGGCUUGGAUCAGUACGCUUGGAUGGUGUUGUUAUCAUACAGAGACAAGAAUGGCAAUGAAGAAUUUAAUUGCGGUGGUAGUCUAAUUAAUCAACGUUACGUGGUAACGGCUGCUCAUUGCGUUAUUGGUGACAUUGAAAAGGAAGUCGGACAAUUAACGAGAGUUCGCUUAGGUGAAUAUGACACUAAUCAGGAAAUUGAUUGCAUAGAAGACGAUUGUAAUGAGAAGCCUGUAGAUUUGGGUUUUGAAGAAGUAAUACCUCAUCCGGACUAUUUUACUACGGGGAAUAUUCAUCGUCAUCAUGAUAUCGCUUUAAUACGUUUGGCGGCCGAUGUUAAAUUCUCAUAUUUCAUACGUCCCGUAUGCCUGCCUUUGUCACAACAACGUAGUGCUAUAAAUGUGGGAGAUCAUUUAAUUGUAGCCGGCUGGGGUCGCACCUUGUUGGCACGUCAGUCCAAUGUAAAGAAACAAUUGGCAGUGCCUGUCACCGGACAUGAGGAGUGUGCCAAUAAAUUUCAGACACGUCGCAUAAGUUUGAUAACAUCGCAGCUGUGCGCUGGCGGUGAAUUUUCAAAAGAUAGCUGUGACGGCGAUUCGGGUGGUCCGCUGAUGCGUCAACUUAAUAAUCGCUGGUAUUUGGAGGGCAUUGUAUCAUUUGGCAAUCGUUGCGGUUUACAGGGUUGGCCCGGUGUCUACACGCGUGUUACUGAUUAUAUCGAUUGGAUACAGCAAAAUAUACGGCCGUAGGCCUUUGCCGCACGCUCUUAAAACUAUUUUUAAUAAAGUUUAUUUGCAAACACAUUCACACAAAAACGAUUUAAAAAAGAAAAAGUAGAAAAGCGCAGCCGUGUUAAAAAACCAACAAAUAAUGUUAACAUGUAAUCUAGACAUACAACCGACAAAUAUAAUGUCAUUUUUUUAAUAUUUUUUUUAAAAACAUUUUAUGUAAAAACAAAAAUAUAAGAGAAGUAAGAGAUUGUUCUUCGCUUGAGAAUGAAUAUUCAGCAGUCGCCUUAUCUGACCGGUAAA